AUGGCUCUUUCAUAUUUAAAAUCACCUUUAAAUGAUAUAACGCGUCAAAAUUCAAACAUCCUGUGCCGAGAUGACUCUGAGACUUUAAUACAAAUCCCUGAGGCACCACCUAAAAAGAGAAUAAGGUUGGAGGAUUUUCAGCCAGGCCAACCAAGGCAACAUUAUCAUUCUGAUGCGUCUCUUUACAUAUUACAUCUAGUUGUUCAAGAUGGAAAAUGUUUAGCGGUAGCCGAUGAAGAAGGCAUGGUGGGUUUGAUAGAUGCGAGGUACAAUAAUACUAUAGAGACAGGUGACCAAACCGCCCGCCUGUGGGAUGUAGAAUUACAACGAUGUAAAGCUGCCUUUAUUGCACACACUUGUAGCAUCAAAUCAGUCAACUACAAUUCGAUGGAUCCAAAUAUGUGGGUAACUGCUUCAAGAGACGGUAAUAUUUUUAUUUGGGAUGUUCGAACAACUGCCGUGCAAACAACACCAGGAGAAGACAACAGUGGCACUCGGUUAUAUGCAAAUAGCACCGACAAUUAUAUUUAUCAGUAUGAUCCCAUCAAUUUGGGCGCACCAUUGGCACGAUUUACUAGUCCAACAUUCCGUUGUUCUUCAUUUUACAUCCGAAUGGCAAUUUCACCUGAUGAUAGAUACAUCAUCAGUGGAUCAAGUGAUAAAUGUAUAUAUAUGUGGGAAACCGAUUUUCCAGACGAAAAUCCUAUCGUUUUGAAGGGUCACGAGAAUGAAGUAACCAGUUUGACCCGGCCCGUUGCUUUAUGGGCUAACCCGGUAUUGAUUAUGGGCCUAAAAAUCUGGGCCCAUACCGGUAAAUUUGCGGGUCGGGUCGACCCUAAUCCACGAUUUGUAAAGGAAAAUUGGUAG